UUUUUGUUUUUUCUACUUUCAAUACUCUCCAUGGCGACGGAGCGUCAUCAUUUUGAGCUCGCUAAAGGUAUCAAUGGCCUUGAUAAGAUCAUCCUCCGUGAGUCUCGCGGCCGCUCUGCUGAGGUAUACUUGUAUGGAAGUCAUGUGACUUCUUGGAAGAAUGAGAAUGGAGAAGAGUUACUUCACCUCAGUAGCAAGGCCAUAUUCAAGCCCCCGAAACCAAUACGUGGAGGGAUUCCCCUAUGCUUUCCACAAUUCAGUAACUUUGGUACACUUGAAUCACAUGGCUUUGCUAGAAAUAGGAUCUGGGAAGUCGAGGCUAACCCACCUCCAUUGCCAUUAAAUUCUUGUUCUAGUGCUUUUGUUGACCUGAUCCUAAGGCCAACCGAAGAAGAUCUGAAAAUCUGGCCUCACAAUUUUGAGUUCAGGCUGAGGGUAGCCUUGGGGACCGAAGGAGAAUUAACUCUGACAUCUCGUAUCAGGAACACCAACUCUGAUGGAAAGCCGUUUACAUUCACAUUUGCUUAUCAUACCUAUUUCUCUGUCUCAGACAUCAAUGAAGUACGGGUUGAAGGAUUGGAAACGUUGGAUUAUCUUGACAACUUAAAGAACAGAGAACGUUUUACCGAACAAGGCGACGCAAUAACUUUUGAAUCUGAAGUUGACAAGAUUUAUCUAAGCACGCCUACAAAGAUUGCUAUUUUGGACCAUGAGAAAAAGAGGACUUUCGUUAUUCGCAAGGAUGGGCUUGCUGAUGCUGUGGUGUGGAAUCCUUGGGAUAAGAAAUCAAAGACGAUCUCUGACUUGGGAGAUGAAGACUAUAAGCAAAUGCUAUGUGUGGAAGCUGCGGCUAUAGAGAGACCGAUCACAUUGAAACCGGGUGAAGAAUGGAAAGGAAGACUCGAACUCUCUGCGGUUCCUUCUAGUUACUCCAGUGGACAGCUUGACCCCAAGAAAGUCCUUGAGUGACUCCUUCAAACUUCAAAAAUAUCAUCUUUCUCUUCUCUUAAAUUGCAGGGAAACGAGUGAAGGAGGGCUUAAAGAUCAUCGGAUAUACUAUUUAAAGAAACUAAGAUUGAAUAAAAUUGUUGCUUCUUAGUUCUCUUUGUACCACAGAGACAAUAACAUUUGCGAACUGCG